UAGAACCGUUGGUCGUGGUGAUAUUGCUCCUCCACCGCAACCUGAACCAGAUGUUGUGUACGGUUCGAGGUGGAAUUUUGCAUGCCGGACGCGCAAGCACACCGACAGCGGUCUAGGAUUCUACCGUGAUCAGUUAGACCUGCUACGACCCAACCAGGUAAACAUUUCAGUACUCAUUAACAUUACUACAAUUUAAUUAACAUAUCACAUACAUUUUCAUAACAUGUAUUUUAGUUUUUGUGGGACCCAUACCCUGCGGAAGCCUACGCAGUUGUACCUGAACACUCGGGGAUUCAUUCAGGGGCGUGGAGGGCUUUUGUGCCUCUCAUAUGCUUUGACAUUGUCGAAGUACAUCUACCAGAGCCGCCAAUCUGGGUUGGUACAGGGCAUUCCACCGCCUUGUGACACUAAACCCCAGCUGCACCUAAUUUCGCGGAAAAAUCAGGCUGGGGCAAACGGGAUGGAGAUCAACUGGCGUCACAUCGCUUGCUGGGAUCGAAGACUUGAGCUGCUGGCACAAGGUCCGCCAAUCGAUUUUCAUGGCGCACCUACUACACCAGACUACAUGUCGUGGUUCCUCUCCAUCACGCGCCGAUGGAUGACAACACGUGCCAUCUUCGCAGCAGCACAUUACACACCUGUUGCGCCUACGAUGACCCAAUUUGCACAAGGUGCGGCAGACGUGAUGCGGUACAGCCAUGAGGAGCCGGUGAGGGAGAUUGCGUAUGGCAUGCUCGUCGGCUCGCAGUUCCAGCACUUCAUACCUGAAGUCGCUGCAGAGUCCUCAACGAUUACCGCCCAUACGCACGUCUCAUCUCCUGCUUAUGACUACCAUUUGGAGGAGAUGGAUCACUCAUACCCCGUUGACACUGCGGGGACCUCGCGGGCUGGGCCAUCACAGCCAUCACAAUACCAAUCCCCUCCACUGCCAGAGCGACACCCGAACGCCUCUUACUAUCGUAGGAGGGAAGGAGACCAACUCAGUUGGAUAGGGUAGAUGAGGGUUGUGAGCGUUAACGUUUAACUUUUGUGUAUUUGUCUCGACUAUGUACAUAUAUAUAUAUUUUAAUUGAGUUGUAUAUUUCAAACAUUU